AUGGCCAAUUUUUCUGGUCCAGUUUCGUUGCCCAAUGCUGACGGCGCGGAUAACUUCGUCAUUCCUAGCCAGAUUAUGGCCUCUCCUACAUCGGAAGUGUUGGCAGUAUCAGUCGGCUUGCUGGGUGAAGGAUACGUUGGAUGGGCGUCGUAUGCUAAGUUCCUGUAUACAGCAUUCGGUGAACUUUCUGAGUUUCCUGAGAUCCUGCCACCUCCCGAAGCCUUUCCCUUCCUUACCGUGUGGCAACAACUUUCCGAUAACGGUCCUGUUGUUGUUCACUUCUACGUUGCUGGGGUUGUUGGUAUCAAAUCCUUCAGUAUCCGCCUCGCCGCCGCCAUAUAUCUCUUUGCCAGAUAUUUCAUCGACGCUGGCUCCGUCAAUUCACUGACCCUCCCUGCGGAUAUAUCAUUGGACCACGUCCUAGCAAAUUUCGUUCAAUACGUCCACGUCACAUCCUACAACAAUGAAUACUUAACGGGUACAUUCCGCGAUUUUCCCUCCCUCAACGACCUACGUGUACAUCGACUGAAGCUUGAAUCACUAAGAACACUCGAUAUGACUACCGUACAUCCCUUAUUGGCCCUUCUGAAAUGGUCCCAUAAGGGCUAUACUAAUGUAGAGGAUACCGCGGAGGAUAACUUUCCGCCUCGUUUGUUAGAUGAUGUCUCCGCCCAUGAGGCCUUAGGCGCGACUGUCGCAUUUGUGGGAAAGAGUCACGAACAUUGGCCAGCGUAUUCGGAGUUCAUGGGGAAGCUUUUGAAGGAGCCCGUUGUCCGUCCUUUGGCUCUUCCUGUUGCAGAAUCCUUCCCUUUCCUCACUAUAUGGACCGAUCCGCUGCUCAUCGGCCAUCCCACUAUUCACUUCUAUAUCGGUGCUAACGGGGUGCCUUCGCUAGCGGUUCGGCUCGCUGCGGCCGUGUUUCUGUUUACUCAAGAAAACGUCUACCCCCUCGUCGCCAAAGAUGCACCAUCCUCUCUUGAUAACGCUGCCUUUAACCACCAUUUGGCAAACUACGUGUUAGCCAUAGACGUCACGCAGUACGGGGAGACUUACAUGAUGGGUACAUUUACGUGCACGGACUCCUUUAAGAUGCGAAGCGCGGCGAUAUUCGAACACUGUCAAUCAGAGUGUAGUACGAUUGCAUUUCAGUACGACGGUUGCAGUAUUGUUUCUAAUGCUGCUUUCGCUCAUGGAGUUCGUACCGGUGUGGAAGCUUAUGUUCAAGCCACGGUGCAUGCUGCGUGGCUUCAUUUCGUAGCUAGUGAUACGCAAGGAAAGCGCUAA